CUCUCCCGCCGCUCCGUCUCUCUGCCACCACUAGACACAGCGCCGGUCGCAUCACCCACACCCUCUCCCUCUCACCCGCGCGGCUCGCCGCCCAGCAUGGCCUCGACGUCUGCCACGGCGCCGCCGGCUGCGGCGCAGGUGGCGCGCAUCGCCGCCCUCACCUCGCGCUCGCUCUUCAGCCUGGCGCCCGCCGCCAGCAGCUCGGGCGCCGACGUCUCGCCGUUUGCCCCCGCGCUCGCCGCGCUCGCCGCGCACUCGGCACAGGCGCAGGAGAGCAUCGCCACGCUGCCGCCCAACGCCGACGCCGGCGCCGACCUCGUGCGCGCGUCGAAGCGCAGCGGCCUCGCCACGCUGCUCCUCGCCGCCGAGCAGGGCGCGCUGACGCGCAUCGUGCCGCACCUCGCCGCGCUCGCCAAGGCGCAGGCCGUCGUGCACGUCGCCACCAGCGGCGACCACUCCGACGUGCUGGCGCUGCGCUCGUCCGGCCUCGUGCUCCUCUACAGCUCCACCGCCACGCAGGCCCACGACCACGCCAUCCUCGCCGCGCGCCUCGCCACGGCACACUCCACUGGUGUCAUUCACUUCUUCGACGAGGCGCUCGGCGACGAGGACGCCGUGGCUGAGGUCAGCGAGGCGGAGCUGACCAAGGCGCUCGCCACAAAGGCCUCGAUCCUCAACGGCACCUCGAGCGCCGCCGAGUCGCUCACGCACGCCGUCAACGAGGCCUACUCGACCGUCUCGUCGCUCGUGGGCCGCUCGCUGGCGCCCUUUACGCUGCACGGCGAGCCGGGCGCGGCGGAUCUGGCCAUCGUGCUCGGCCCCGGCGCGGCACAGCUCUCAUCGCAGGUCGACAUCGUCGAGGUCAGCCUGGUGCGGCCGUUCCUGGCCGAGCGUCUCUUCGACCUGGCGCCCGCCGUCAAGCAGAUUGCCGUGCUCGAGGCGAGCCAGCGUCGCUCGACGCGCAUGGGCCCGCUCUUUGUCGAUGUCGCCGGCGCGUGCCAGCGCGCGGCCGUCGAUGGCGGCCGCGCCAUGCCGGCGCGCCUGCUUUCCGGCGUGCUCGGCGACGUCUCGGGCGACGACACCGUCUCGGACAAGCUCGUCGCCGCGCUCACCUCGCCCAAGGCCGCCAGCGGCUUUGUGAUUGGCGCACAGCGCGUGGCCGCGCCGGCGCUCAACCACGCCGCACCCGUCGUGGCGCCCAAGCAGGAGGAGGCGUACAACGUGAUGCUGCAGCAGGUCUUCAAGGAGCGCCUUUCCGUCAUCAACUCUCCCUCGUCCGACGCACACCCGCACCCCUCGGCGCGCAGCCCCGAGUUUGCCUUUGGCCAGACGCUGGCGCAGCUCGAGGGCAGCGAGGAGCUGCGGCGUGUGGCGCAGGACGCUCUGCGUGCCGGCGGCCUCGCCGAGAACCUGCACGAGGCGCUCAAUGCCUGGCUCACGGCCAAGUCUGACGAGAAGCGCGCUGCCGCUGCGCCCAAGCUGGCGCAGCUGCUGGCUGCCGAUUCUACGCCUGCGCUGGACCGCGUGCGCGCCCUCGGCGCCCACCUGGCGCCCAAGUCGCGCUGGAUCGUCGGCAGCGAUGCGUGGGCGUACGACUCGGGCAUGAGUGGCGUGCACCACGUCAUUGCGUCGGGCAAGAACAUCAACAUGCUCAUCUUCGACACACUGCCGUACUCGAAGCGCGACGCGCAGGAGGCACACAAGCGCAAGAAGGACGUCGGCCUGUACGCCAUGAACUACGGCGGCACCUACGUGGCCUCGACGGCAGUGUAUGCCGACUACACGCAGGUGCUGCACGCCCUCAUGGAGGCCGACCGCUUCGACGGUCCCUCCGUCGUGCUGGCCUACAUUCCGUACCGCACCGAGGAUGCUCCGGCGCUCGAGGUGCUGCGCGAGACGAAGCUGGCCGUCGACUCGGGCUACUGGCCGCUCUUCCGCUGGGACCCCUCGGCCGAGAGCCGCGGCGCCGACGUGUUCCGCCUGGACGGCGUGCGUGUGCGCGAGCAGCUCAAGGCCUUCCUCGACCGCCAGAGCCACGUCUCGAACCUGGCCAACGUGCGCCCGCAGCUCUCCUACGAGCUGGCGUCGAGCGCCGGCACGGGUCUGCGCGAGCUGCAGCGCCGCAAGGCGCGCGAGGCAUACGACUCGCUCCUCGGCAACAUGGACGGCCCGCCGCUGCUCAUUCUCUUCGCCUCCGACGGCGGCAACGCCGAAAAGGUGGCGCGCAAGCUCGGCAUGCGCGCCAAGAUGCGCGGCCUCGCCGCACGCACGCUGGCCAUGGACGACUUCCCCAUCGCCGACGAGCUCGUCAAGGAGAAGAACGUCGUCUUUGUCACCUCGACGGCCGGCCAGGGCGAGGCGCCGCAGAACGCGCGCGACACGUUCAAGACGCUCGCCAAGAUGCAGCAGGGCGACCUGGCUGCCGCCGCCGCCGACGCUGAGGCGCCCAAGUACACCGUCUUUGCCAUGGGCGACAGCCACUACUGGCCGCGGCCCGAGGAUGCGCGCUACUACAACAAGCCCGGCAAGGACCUCGACGCGCGCCUCGAGGUGCUGGGCGCCGAGCGCAUGGCGCCCAUCGGCCUCGGCGACGACCAGGACCCCGACGGCGCACAGACGGGCUACAAGGCCUGGGAGCCGACGCUGUGGAAGGCGCUCGGCGUCGACUCGAUCGAGGUCAAGGAGUCGGAGCCGGAGCCGAUCACCAACGAGCACAUCAAGAUCGCCUCGAACUACCUGCGCGGCACGAUUCUCGAGGGCCUCAAGGACAAGAGCACGGGUGCGCUGGCCGAGUCCGACGGCCAGCUGACCAAGUUCCACGGCACGUACCAGCAGUACGACCGCGACACGUUCGACGAGCGCAAGGCCGCCGGCCUUGAGCCGGCCUACUCGUUCAUGAUCCGCUGCCGCAUCCCCGGCGGCGUGUGCACGCCCGAGCAGUGGAUCAAGCUCGACGACGUGGCGACCGACUACGGCAACAACACGCUCAAGAUCACGACGCGCCAGACGAUCCAGUACCACUGCAUCAUCAAGGAGAACCUCAAGGCGGCGAUGCAGGGCAUCAACAAGAGCAUGCUCGACACGAUUGCCGCGUGCGGCGACGUGAACCGCAACGUCAUGUGCAGUCCCAACCCGGCGCUCUCGCAGCUGCACGAGGAUGUGUUUGAGUUCAGCAAGGCCAUCAGCGAGUACCUGCUGCCGCGCAUGGAUGCCUACCACGAGAUCUGGCUCGACGAGAAGACGGACUCGAAGAAGAAGCAGCUGCUCGCCGGCGGCGCGCUGCAGGACCACGAGCCGCUGUACGGCAACUACUACCUGCCGCGCAAGUUCAAGAUUGCCAUUGCCGUGCCGCCGCGCAACGACACCGACUGCUUCGCGCACGACAUUGGUCUCAUUGCCAUUGCCGACCCGGCGACGAAGCGGCUGGUGGGCUUCAACGUCUCCGUCGGCGGCGGCAUGGGCGUGACGCACUCGAUGAAGGCCACGUACCCGCGUCUCGGCGACGUGAUUGGCUUCGUGACGCCGGAGCAGACGCUCGAGGCGUGCAAGCACAUCAUGCUCAUCCAGCGCGACACGGGCAACCGCGCCAACCGCAAGCAGGCGCGCCUGAAGUACACCAUCGACAACUACUGGAAGGGCCCCGAGGCCUUUACGGCGGAGCUCGAGAAGCGCCUGGGCCACAAGCUGCAGCCGGCGCGCCAGUUCCACUUCGAGACCAACACGGACUCGUACGGCUGGAGCCAGGACUACAAGGGCAACUGGCACUGCGGCCUCUGGCUCGAGAACGGCCGCGUGCGCGACGCGCCGGGCGACGAGUUCCGCACGGGCCUGCGCGAGCUGUGCAAGAUCCACAAGGGCAACCUGCGCAUGACGCCCAACCAGCACAUCAUCGUCAGCGACGUGGCGCCGGAGGACAAGGAGCGCAUCGAGGCGCACCUCGUCAAGUGGGGCAUGGACAACUGGCGCCACUCGGGCAUCAAGCUCAGUGCCUCUGCGUGCGUCGCCUUCCCCACGUGUGGCCUGGCGUUUGCCGAGUCGGAGCGCUACCUGCCCGUGCUCGUCGAGAAGGUCGAGAAGAUCAUCGAGCGCUACGGACUGCGCGAGGUCGAGAUUCCGAUGCGCAUGAGCGGCUGUGCCAACGGCUGCUCGCGGCCGUGGAUGACGCCAAUCGGCUUCGUCGGUCGCGCGCCCGGACGCUACCUCAUGCUCCUCGGCGGCGGCCAGGACGGGCAGCGCCUCAGCAAGCCGUACAUGUCCGACGUCGGCGAGGAGGAGAUCCUCGCCGUGCUCGAGCCCAUGAUCAAGCGCUACUCGCAGGAGCGCCUGCAGGGCGAGUACUUUGGCGACUGGCUCAUCCGCGCCGGCAUCACAAAGGCCACGACGCACGGCACCAACUUCUACGACGAUGGCUACGCCGGAGACGUCGCAGUCGGCGCCGCAUAGGUCCGCUCCUCGCCUCACAUAUCCGCCACGACCGCACUCUAGAGACUUUGCUUCCCUUGCCCCUCCUCUCUCUCUCACGCGCUAUUCGCU